CAUGGAGCCCAGGGUUAUCUGCGUCCUGCUGUUGGUCUCCACACUGGCCCUCAGUUCCUUGGCCCAGGUCCAGCUGGAGACGUGUGUCGUGGAUCCUCACAAGAGGACGAACUGUGGCUCCCCGGGAAUCACGCCCUCCCAGUGCAAAGAUAAGGGCUGCUGCUUCGACAACACUGUGCGUGGAGUCCCGUGGUGCUUCUUCCCCGUGGCCGUGGACAACCCUCCCGAAGAGGAGUGCUCCUUCUAGACGCGCUUCGGCCGAGCCUCGCCAGGAGCGGCCAUGGCCUCCCCGGUGGCCGGGAGCCCAGCCCUCGGGGCCUCCGCACCUGCACCAGC